AUGCCAGUAGACUUGUCACUGUAUCUGGUCACAGACUCGACCCCGGCAAUCCUGAAGGGGCAGGAUCUAUGUACAGUAGUGGAAGAGGCAUUGAAGGGAGGUGUCACCAUUGUGCAAUACCGGGAUAAAAAGAGCGAUACCGGAGACUUGAUUGAUACAGCUAAAAGACUGCACGAAGUAACGAAGCGAUAUGGUGUUCCUCUUCUCAUCAACGACCGAGUUGAUGUCGCUCUCGCCAUUGGGGCGGAGGGCGUUCACCUUGGCCAAGAUGAUAUGAGAUUUGAUAUAGCCAAAAAGCUUCUUCCCAAGGAUGCCAUUAUUGGAAUUAGCACCUCUACCCUGGAUGAGGCUCAGAAAGCCAUUGCCGAUGGGGCUGACUACCUGGGCAUCGGAACGAUGUUCGCCACCCCGACAAAAACUAAUACCAAAUCAGUCAUUGGAACUGCAGGGACCCAGGCUAUCCUAAGUGCCAUUAGUGAUUCCUCCGUUGGAACAGUGGCUAUUGGAGGCAUCAACCAUAGCAAUGUCCAGCGAGUUCUCUACCAAUCCCGAUCUCCUAAGAAGGCUCUCGAUGGAGUAGCCAUUGUCAGCGCUAUCGUGGCAGCCGAUGAUCCCAAGGCUUCGGCUGAGGAGUUCGCCAAGCUGAUCAACUCGCCUGCUCCCUUUGCAUUGACCACACAAGCUCCCCGAGCCAACGAGGCCGAGGCAUUGUUGCACGAAGUGCCGCAGAUUGUGCGCAAAAUGGUCGAGGGACACCCAUUGGUACACAACAUGAUUAAUUUUGUUGUCGCUAACUUCGUUGCCAAUGUCGCUCUGUCCAUUGGUGCUUCGCCUAUUAUGUCCCCAUAUGGAGAUGAGGCUACAGAUUUGUGCAAGUUUGAUGGCGCUCUACUAAUCAAUAUGGGUACGCUGACUAGCGAGAGCGUAUCAAACUACCAGAAGGCCGUGAAGGCAUACAAUUCCCGGGGCAACCCGGUAAUCUAUGACCCCGUCGGUGCUGCUGCAACAGAGAUCCGUCGUAACGCUGUCUCUCAGCUCAUGACCGGAGGAUAUUUUGAUCUUAUCAAGGGUAACGAGGGCGAAAUCCGCCAAGUUUGGGGUAGUAGUCCGGUACAGCAGCGCGGCGUUGACAGUGGGCCCAGUACGCUCGAUGGCCAGCAGAAGGCAAAGCUAGCCCGCGAUCUUGCUCGCCGAGAGCGAAACGUUGUGUUGUUGACCGGUGCCACUGACUACCUCAGCGACGGUGAACGAGUCAUUGCAGUAGAAAACGGUCACCCAUACCUCGGACAAGUAACAGGAACUGGCUGUGCCAUCGGUAGCAUUUCAGGUUGUUUCCUGACAGCGCACCGCUCCGAUAGAUUGCUCGCUGUCUUGUCCGGAAUCCUGAUGUACGAAAUUGCAGCUGAAAACGCAGCAUCUAAAGAAUACGUCCGCGGCCCAGGCAGCUUUGUUCCUGCGUUCCUCGAUGAGCUCUAUGCCAUCCGCACUGCCGCAGGAAAAGGCGAUGAUAGCUGGUUUGUUGGGCGAGCGAAGGUGCACGAGGUAAAACUCUAA